UUUCUACAAUUUAUCUUCUUAAAAUCAGAUGUUAAACCUAAACAGCACUGCUAACCUUUUCAUUUCUCAAAUUUUAAUUAAGACCAAAAACAAAUUUUAGUUUUCAUGAAUUUUUAGUUAAGAUCUACACCAUUUUUACUUUGCGGCUGUGAUAACUAGUGACAACCCAAUGUCAGUGACAAGUUCCUUAGCACAGCUUUCAAUUACUGCAUCUUAUACAUUUACUACAUUGCAGAUAGAUAUUUAGGAAACGGGACGCAUCUAACGCAGCAUCGUGCAUAUGCGAAUCAUCCACCUGCUACAGGAAUAUGGCACCAGGACCAGGUUUCAGUGAUGAAAAGAAUGAGACAUUGUGCGAGAGUGAAAGUACUGUCUAUGUGCAUAACCCCCACCUGGAUGGGAUGAAAGAUGACAUUCUCUACCACUUUAACCUGGGGACCUCCACACACAACCUGCCUGCCAUGUUUGGCGAUGUCAAAUUUGUGUGUGUUGGGGGCAGUCCCUGGAGAAUGAAGUCCUUCAUAGAGUACAUUGCUGGAGAGCUGAGUCUGGAGGACCCCAAGGCUGAGUACCCCAACAUCUGUGCAGGAACUGACCGCUAUGCCAUGUACAAGAUUGGCCCCGUGCUGUCCGUCAGCCAUGGCAUGGGUAUCCCCUCCAUCGCCAUCAUGUUACACGAGCUCAUCAAGCUCCUCUACCAUGCUCGCUGCACUGAUGUUACCAUCUUUCGCAUUGGGACCUCCGGUGGAUUAGGCCUCGAGCCUGGCACGGUUGUUGUCACCAAGCAGUCAGUAGACGCCACCUUCCUGCCCAGGUUGGAGCAGGUCAUCCUGGGGAAUACUGUGGUACGCAGCACGGACCUGGACCAAGGUCUGGCUGAAGAGCUGCUCCAGUGUAGCAAGGACCUGGGUCAAUUUGAGACGGUCAUCGGAAACACUAUGUGCACAAUGGAUUUCUAUGAAGGACAAGCGCGUCUGGAUGGGGCCUUCUGCUCCUACACAGAGAAGGAUAAACAGGACUACUUGACCAAGGCCUAUGAGUCUGGGGUUCGGAACAUCGAGAUGGAGUCUUCCGUGUUCGCUGCCAUGUGUAAACUCAGCGGUCUGAAAGCGGCCGUGGUGUGUGUGACGCUAUUGGACCGUCAGAAAGGUGACCAGCUGAUCAGCUCUCAUGAAGUUCUCCACAGCUACCAACAACGUCCUCAGAUACUGGUCGGUCACCUGAUCAAGAAGAUGCUCCAAACCUCAGCCUCAGUUGCAGUUCUUGACAAAAAAACGGUGCUCCAGGCACCUACUACAUAACCCAUUGAAAGGCACGUUUGUCUUGCCCACUCACCAUCUGAAUGGCACACAUAGACAAUCCAUGUCUCAAUUGUCUCAAGGUUUAAAAAUCUUUCUUUAACCCGUCUCCUCCACUUCAUCUACACUGAUUGAAGUGGAUUUAACAUGUGACAUCAAUAAGGGAUCAUAGCUUUCACCUUGAUUCACCUGGUCAGUGUCAUGGAAAGAGCUUAAGCUUAAUGUUUUGUAUACUCGGUGUAAGUGUAAUUUAGGGCAGCCCUUAUUCAGUCAUUCAUUCCAUAUAGCCUGGCUGCUUUCACUAUGGAUUUUCACAAUCAUUCUCAAUAGCAAUCAUUGACCGUAUAGAAGCCAUUAUAUAUAUAUAUAUAUCGAUCAUAUCUAUUGUUUCUGGAUUGUAGCUAAGUGUAACCAAAUUAGUACAGUAAUCAUGAGAAACAUCAAACACACCUCUUACCUGACACUACCUCUGUUUUUAUACCAAAUAAACCAAUGCUGAGCGAAGUAAAGUAACCUGUUCCAUAAGUUGUUGCUUUGUGUAACAUUAGAAAAUAUAUUAUACACAGUUUGUUUUUUAAAACCUUUUUUUUUAACCCCAAGCUUUUAAAAUGACAUGUUUUGUUUUAAUUCACCAGUAUGUAUAUUUUAGUUUUAUAUGCUGUAGCUAUGGUAACGAGCAAGUUAUGAAUAUUAAAGAUAAGACUUCUCUGCACUUCGUUAGCUACUUUGAAGACUUAUCGACACUGCAUUGUACUGUACUAUCAAAUGUUGCUCUGAAACCAUAAUCAUACAUUCAACGUGUCGUCCUGUUACUGAGAAAAUAUGUAACUGAGUGCUUCUAAUGUCAUCUUAUGAGUAAUAAAACCACAAAUACUGUAAAUA